ACUUGAACUUUUCAUCAGAAAGUAGAUGAAAAUGUCCUGGACUGUUGUACACUGAGUUAAAAUGUGACACGCACCAGCAAUCCAAACGGCUUCUGAGGUGUCAAGAUUUAUGAUAUUUUUCGUUAUACGAUCGUUAAAUUCUCGAUAGUUAAAUUCUUCCUUAGUCAGAAGGUGUUGAUAAAUUAAUCAUUAAUGAUCAAUUUAUAGAUUAUUGAUUAAAACAGCAGUUCUGACAGUAGUGCAGCUGUAAAUCACAGGUUUAUAUCAAUGCGCUCGUUCUAAUACGUUAUCGUUUCUAUAGCAACAGCUCAUUCACAAGGACUUGUAUGGCGGACGCUCAAACAUGAAAAAUUUUCUUAUUUAGCAAUGAAAAAUUAGAAUCAUUGAUGUGCUAAAGCUUUCUGUGAGAUGUUUCUUUAACAUUUAUGGAAGGAGUCUCCAGUGUCAGCACUUUGUAACAGUCAGAGGUAAAGCUGUAACUAAUUUUUCUGCGGUUUCUCUAUAACAUGACAGCUGCCUUUUUUUGUUUUGUUUUUUUUUUUUUUGUUUUUUUUGUGCCUUAUUCACUAAAGAGAGUUAAGAAGGAACAGUUGUUUAUAGGGACAGUGAGAAUAGGAACUUCACAUCAGCUAGUUUCACAUCAUUAAAUGUAACUAUAAAUGGAUAAAAAGCAUGAUGUUCUUUAAUUAAAAAAAAAUACAGUUGUUGGCAUGUUGCUGUGGUAUAAGAGGACACUUCGGGACGUGCUGUUAUAGGAAAAUAAGCACCACGCCACAGCAUCGUAGAUUAUUUUCCUAGAACAGCAUGCUUCCUUAUUGUUUUAUUCUUACUUGUUUAUGUUGUAAAGAUAUUAACAGUUUUAUUUCAGAAGUGCACUGUAUAUUCUUCUCUCCACUUUUCUCCACACACUGUUCAUAUGUAAAUACAAACAUGGUGAAAUUGUGCACUACAGAGGGGACAGGGUGUGGCUCUGAGCACACAGCAAGGGUGUAGUGUAUGAAUAUAGUGCAUAAAGCAGCAGCCAUUGUGUCUGAAGCUUCACAUUCAUCUGAAUGUCACAGCGAGUGAACAAAAGGAAGAAAAGAGUGUCAGUGUUUAAUAAUCAGCGUUUGAUUUCUGACGCGCAGAGGGACUUUACAUUUGAAUUAUAGUUGUUUUGGGUUACUUCCUGUUUCCGGUUGUAAGAGUCUCGUUGCUAUUGGGAGUCGCGUUAUUAUUAUUAUCAUUAUUUUAUUUAAUUUUAUUAUUAUUAUUGUUAUUAAUACUGAAUUGGUUUUAGAGCCAGGACUCGGGUCUGUGUAUAUGGAAAGUGUUUAAUGUUUGUGUAAGUAGUAAUGCUUGGUUUAUUCGGAGGGGACAUCAGCAACAGUCUGGAAAAUGUCCCCGUUUACAUCCAGAGAGACGUGAGUGAGGACAGUUUACCCAACUUCCAGUACACUCCAGAAAACGUUCAGGGUGUGGGCUGUGAUGUUGACCCGAGUGAAGUGACCCUGCCAGGCUGCUCGUGUCGCUCGCCGUCCUGCGUGCCGCCCAGCUGCCCGUGCCUGCGUUUCGGACUGAUGUACACAGAGGGAGGUCUACUGGAGCAGCGAGAGGAGUCGGGUGCUUCUUACAGCCAGCCUGUGUUUGAAUGUAAUGCCCUGUGUGUGUGUGGCGAGUCCUGCCAGUCCCGCGUGGUCCAGAACGGCCUGCAAACCCGCCUCUGUGUUUUCCGAACCGAGAGCCGUGGCUGGGGGGUCGUGACCCUGGAAGCCAUCAAACAUGGCAGUUUUGUGUGUGAGUACGCCGGGGAGGUGAUCGGGUUUGAGGAGGCACGGAGGAGGCAGCUGUCCCAGACUCCCGAGGAUAAGAAUUACAUCAUUGCCGUGCAGGAGCAUGGUGGCUCGCAGGGGCUAGGUGUGACGUUUGUGGACCCGGCUGCUGUGGGCAACGUGGGCCGCUUUCUGAACCACUCGUGCCAGCCCAACCUGACCAUGGUGCCCGUGCGCGUGCACUCAGUGGUGCCGAGACUGGCCCUGUUCGCCAGCCGAGACAUAGAGCCGGACGAGGAACUCACCUUCGAUUACUCAGGAGGACACACACAGAGAAGUGACGCUUCUGGUGCAGGAGAUCUCCAGAGGAAAGCGUGUCUCUGUGGUGCACAGAACUGCACUGGCUUUUUACCUUUAGACAUUUCAGUCCUGCACUGAGAAUACACUGGACAAAUGAUUCUCACAGGUUAUUUAUAGUUUAUAAUGCAUCGUUAGCACUAUUUGAGUCAUCGCUGUGUACACACACAUACUGUAUUGCAGCUGACAUUACUCACCUGCAUCUAUUUUCUGACAGCAUGUCUUAAAGAAACAGUAAUUAUUAAAUGACAGCUCAGAGACUUGGAGCUCGGAGCUGCUUGUGUCCCGAGACUCAGAAGUUUGUUGUUUCUAUUGAAACACUCCAUUAUCUUUUACUGAUUGUGGUACGGGGGUAGUGCUGACUCCUCACAGCUCCAAUGUCCCCAGUUCGAUCCUAAACUCAGGUUUCUGUCUGUGUGGAUGGUCUCGUGUUCUCCCUGUGUCCGUGUGGGUUUUCUCCAGAUUGAUCAUGUGGUCAGUAGUAGAAAAUGAUAGGGAUUGUUUCACAGACAUGCAUAGAAUUAAAUCCUGGCAUUACACUCCUUAAUGUCUCUAACUGUGGAAGCUGCUACUAUUCUGUGAGUCGGGUUAGUUUAAAACAUGAACUCACUGUCAAGGUGGAAAUUUCAGAAAAUUCCGAAUUCCCAGCCUGUACUUUAGCUUUUGGGAACGUUCUGAAUUCCAAACUGGUUCCCAAGUUGCUAAUUUAGCUUUUGGAAAAAUUCAGAGUUCCCAACUGGUUCCAAACUGGUAGUAUAGAUUUCAGAAAAUUUCAGAAAAUUCAGAAUUAUAAGUUGGUUCCUGAAUUGGUAACUUAACUUUCAGAACAGUCCAAAUUCCCAACUGGGUCCUGAACUGGUAAUUUAGACUUCAGAAAAUUCUGGUAUUCUGGUAUUUCAGGAGUUAUUUUUUACAACUCAGAAGCUCAUACAUACUAACAUGCCAUCAACACACCGUAAUACCAAAUAGCAAUUCUGGGAAAAAGCUUUUCUACUUCUACAACAUGGCCGCCCUCAAUAAUGUUACAGUGUUGAUCUACAUGAUGAAGUUUUGUUCGUGUUUAUAGAUCACAGUCCAUCACAUUGUGUCCUUGUGUGUGUGAUGUCACUGAGCUGAAUAAAGUGUUGAACUUGCUGGUCUACUUUUCUGAACCACUUGUUCCAUUCCACUUAUGUUCUGUGUUGUAAACACCAGUCCAGGUUUACUUAGUGUGCAUGUCCAUCUUUUGAGCGAGUUUCAGAACCGCCACCUUCCCCUUUAACAGAACUUUCCAUUGGAGCUAAAGCUCAGGGGUAAUAA